AUGGACGUUCCUGGCCCAUCGAGCAUGCCGUUUGCCAUCGUCCAGCCUGCCACCGUCUACCAUCCAACGCCUCAACGUCGACCUUUCGUCUUACCUACCUCAUUUAGUCUACCUAGACCUACAACUCUCAUACGAUCAUCGUUUAGCGCUUUCAAGUGGGUAAAGUGAUAUGAUCCGACCAGUGUCUCGAUUUUGAUCAGUAAAAAAGGGUAUAGUUAAGAAUGGAUGAUCGCAGGAAGAAUGGCUCGAAGGCUCAAGGUCCACACGGUGGGACCUUGGAUUUGGUCCGAAAGUGUCGAGCCAUUCCAAAUGCAACCACAAAACCGAAAAUUCAGCAAGAAAAAAAUUUUAAUCUGAGUGCCACUGAUGCUCACUUUUCUAGAAAAAUGUUUUUUUAAUUCUUUCGAAUGGAUUAACUGUAAUGAUCAAAAAAAGGUUUAGUUCAAAAAAAUAAUAUUUUUUUGAUGCACCAGACAGGUCCAAUACUGAAAUUUGAUAGGCUUGCUCUUUUUUUCAAAGCGUGGUCAAUGGGCAAACGAGAUGUGUUUAGAAAUGAGGAGCUAUGUUUAUGAAGUGUUUGAAAAAAGCUCAGAAAAUGUGACUUUGUCCAAUUCCAAAGCCUUUCUGCUCGAUUUUCUGUUAAGGAAGGCUAUAUUUAGGUUCAAUCUAAAUAUCAUGGAAUUUAAGAUUCAAAUAACUUCUGACCAAACAAAAGUGAAGUCUUAUCAAUACUGUAUCUUUUCAGGGAAGUGAACGAGCUGAAGAGCCAAGUAAGCCUACUGCUGCCAGUACUUGGACCGCUUUGCGCCCAAAACAGCGCAACGCAGUCUUCGCUGGCGGCCGCAGGACUUCCGCAGCCUUCGCAAGCUCUGCCGGCGCUCGCAAAUUCCCUCAUGAGGAAGCGCCCGGCAACCACUCCGAAUCCUGAGUGCCCGGUUUCAAUUCGCGCAGCGUUUAACGCUUGUGAGUUUCUCUUUUUGAAAGGUUUUAAUAAUAGGAAAAAAAAGCUGGUUAGUUUUUUUUUAAAUUCUCUUUCUAUUUUUGAAUUUUGGUUUAUGCUAUGAAUGAUUGGAUUCAAUGUAAGAUAAGGUAACUCGAAAAAAGGUAAAAUUAAAAAAAAUAGUUCUGGAAUGAGUGAAAUUUCGACCGCCAUAUGUCGCAAAACUUGACCACAACUUUUUGACCCAAUAAAAAGUUUGUACGACUCUUCACCACAAAGCACCGAAUAAUUGUUCGUCUGAGCCUAAAAAUACACUGAAAAGUGCAGCUGUUGCUCCACUUUUUCAUCCUCCUCAACACCCUGCAUCAUGUUUCAGGAAACGGGGCCUGGAAAUAGUGUAAAUUGGGGCCCUUGUUCUCAUGACAACAAAAAAGCAUGGGAGACCUUCAUGAAGUGUGAUGCUUGGGUUUUCUCAAAAAGUGACUAAAAACAACGAAAAAUGUUCUUUCAAAUUUGGCGUUACUUCCACUAAAAAGAUUGAAAAGUGUUCGAUUUCUGUUUGAAUUAGUUUAUUGUUUUUUGUUUGAAAAAUUUUUCCCUGUUUCGGUAGUUUUCAAUUUUCUUCAAACAACUAAAGAAAAGACAAGCAGGUUUUGGAAGUUUCAAGUGAGGAUCUCAGCUCAGUUUUAAUCGAAAAUAUAUUCAAAUAAGCUUUUAAAAAAACCUGAAAAAUUUGGCUUUCGUUCUUUUUCAAGCUUCUUUCUUUUCAGGCUCCCUUCCAAGUCCAAUGCUGAACUACUGGUUAAUACCGCCGCUACGCGUUUCUUCACCGAACGCCGCAGCCGCCAGUAUCCCGGCACCGUCGUUGCCAGAAGGCGCGCCGACGUCCGAGACAGCAGAGCAGAAGUGGAGCAAUCCGUCCAGCGUGGAGAGCAAUGGCCAGAAGACUGACAGCUCAACAGGUGAACUCGUUGUAAAGAACAAAAAUAGGUGUUUCUGUGGAAGGUUGAAGAGAACGUUCAAAAGCUUCCAAAUUUCAAAAAAAUCUUGGGAGGAGCUUGAAAAAACACCGAAGAUCUGGCCCAAUUUCAGGCAAAAGUAUUUGAUUUUCAAUCACCAAGAUGAACUACACAGAGCUACCAAAACUUGGAUCUGUCAGAAGAUUUUGAAAAUUUUCCAGGUUUCAAAGUGAAAGAGUGUUGCAAUGUUAUGAUAAUGACAGUAUCCUGAUUCUUUCCAAGAGAAGUAAGAAAAUAGACUGUUUCAUUCCCAGUAUUUCGGGAUCUCGCAAAUCCUUGAAAAAUGUGAAAUCCGCUCGUUGAUUUUAGAAACACAAACUUCCGAAAACCUCAAAAAAAGUAGUAUACGGUCUUCAUCUUCUUCAGAACUGAACCCUGAACUCUUCGCCGAAGUGUAAUUUAUCGCCGGAGCGUUACAUCGUUUGCCACAGUUUUUGUUUCUUCCAUGAGUUCUAUCGCGCAUGUCGUUGAAAGGAAAUUAAUUGUCGAUGGGAGAUUCUCGACGGAAGAAUCUCCGAAAAAAAAGAAGAAAAAAAUGUAGUUAGGCCCAUAAAUCACGAGCGGGCGAACAGCGCGCCAGUAGCAGAAAAAUGUAGUGUUUCUACAUAUAUUUUCCCUUCCAUCAUUAACAGUCAACUUUUUUCCUUCGUCUUCUGUUUCUUCGUUCUCGGGCCGGCCGCUUGUCUUGUUUCUUUUGUCUUCGGCGGCCCAGACGACGGCGCACAGACUCUCGGAAAAAGAUUAAUGCGUUUUCAUUAGCGAAAAAAGGCAAAAACGUGUCGCACACAAUACUGUUACACUCUUGGAAUCUGCGAACCGAACGUUUGGGUCGGAAGUCGAGAAAAGGGGAACUGGCAUGUCUUUCUUAUUUUGGAUGGCGUCAAUUAUCAGUCUCGAGAAUCUCUGCAGAAAAAUGUUUCAAAACUUGUUCUUGUCCAAAAAGGAAUUUCACCUUUGAAAGUUGAGAACCAUUAUUUCAUAAAUAGUUUUCCAGAAAGAGUGACAUGGUACUGUAACUUUCUGCAGACCACGUUCCAUUAUUGAAAGGCAAGAUUUAUAUCUAUAGAGUUCAAAGAGCUUGGGAAAACGAUUAAUUUAUCAUUCCAUAUCAGUCGAUGGACCAUUUUUUCUCUAUUCCUUUCGUCUCUAAGUCGUUCGCAACUCUUCAAGCUUAUCGAGCUUUUCUGGCGUCUUCCUGACGGCGUGAUAAACGUGGCGCCGCCGUUUAGACGGCACUUUUGAGCAUAAACGGCCAAACUCGCGCACUGGAUGAUAGUGAAAAGCCGAACUGGGAAGCGCAGAUCAAAGUCUUUUUUGGGCGAUAACACGAUCGCAUGAUCGCCUGAAGCGGUGACGUUUACGUUCAUCAAGAGUGGAACGCGGUUUGAUAAAUAAUCCGCUCAGAAAAGUUUAGUUCCGUGGUGUAGGGAGAUGAAAAUUCCGGAAAAAGUGCAGGGAUUAUAGAUUAUUGGGACCAUGCAAAUUUUUUUAGAUUGACAUGAGAACGCAGAAAAGACUCUAAAACCGCUUUGGUGAUCCUUUCUAAGCUUGAAAGUCCAUCUAAAAAUCAACAAAAACUGUAAAAAGCUCUUAUUAUCAUAUCGAAACGAAGAUUAAUGAUUGCUGUUUUUCUAAUGCUUCAAAAGACGCAGGGAAACAAAAUUCCAUCUUGGGAUUGCUAAAUUUUUUCGCGAGAUCCAAAGCUCCUUAAAAAAAUUCAAUAUUAGGAUUAAACAUUUUUUUCAGAGACCUUAAAAAGGUCCCUUUUUUUCCUGCUUCUCAAAGCUUUCAUUGAAAAUGGAAACCAUUUUUUUCUAAAGCUGUGAAGUGAAGGGAAAUCUAGAAAACUUGUUUAAAUGAGUCAUGAAACUCAAAUCUCAAAGGGACUUGUCAUUUCCCAGAUAAAAAAAGAUUUCAAUAAAAAAAUCUUAAAAAAAUUAUAACCAAAGUCAUCUACAAUUUUUUAGUAUCAGCCGGUGGCGAUUCCGGCAACAUCGACAUCGUCGGUGAUGGCAGUGAGUCGUCAACGUCAUCAACAUCGACUCAGGUGAAUAUUUUUACAAAUCGAAUUAUCCAGAAAAAGAAAUGCUGAUACCACUCGUCUCCAAAUCCAAUCCAAUUUGCCGAUAAGAGGCUUGCCCUUUUCCGAACAUUUUGUCGUCGAUAACAGCUCUUUGCCACGCUUCGCCUUGAAGAACGGACCACUCGAUGAUUAGUUCCGAGAAAGAAAAGUGCAUGUCGCCUAGAGGCAUGGGUGGAGAACGCAGCAGUUGGUCUGUCUGGGAAGGGACCCGAAUUUUGAUCCCUUGUGGGACGAAAUUGCUGAAAAUGUGAACAUGGGGCCGAUUUUCUCGAAAGAACGCGUUCACCAGCGCAUCAAAGGGCACUUGAAAAAAUAUUUUUUCUUUACUUUUGACCAAGAAGAAAAGAAAGGACUCGAGAAAGUUUCUUUUCAAGUAGGUUUUUUUCUAAGUUUUGAUUCACCGUUUCAAGCCAAUGAUGGGUGGCGUGAGGCAUCACAAGAAAAAAAAAAAAAAAAGUUGGAUUUUCUCAAUAGUAACGUCUAAACCUGUAUGAAACACGCAAAACGAAAAAUUGGAAAAAAUCCUUUUACCGUUUUUUUCAAAUUUUCAUAAACUCUUUGGCUUUUGAGAAUUGUCGCGAAAAUCUUGAAAAAUCUUUUUGUUUUUUUUUAAUACGUUGAGGUCAAAGAUUCAGUAGAUCUUGCCUCUUUUUCCCCAAAACAAGACCAAUGUUUGUUUUUGCAGUUUCAGGCCAUGGUCACAUCGCCGUCAAUUCAGCAGCAGUUUGCGCAAAUCUACAACGCUGCCACCGCGAGCGUAGCCGAGUCCAAGGCGAACUUCUUUUACAACAAUGCCAAGGUUUCAUUUUAUCAAGCAAACACACAGUUAACGAACAAACCCAGUGUGGCCUUAUCGGGCCUUUGUUCUCGUCCCUUGUGAGAAAGGGAGAAAAAGAACGGUGUCUGGAGUAAUUGAUCAAAUUGCAGAACCAGCAGGAGAACGCGCUUCGUGCGGCGGCUCAGCAACAGAUUCCAGCGAUGGCGGCCUUGAGCGCCACCACAUCGACGCCAGUCGUCGCCGAACGCAAGCACAGGGUUCGUUUUCUUGUCUCCUCCGUCGGAACUGACACCCAGCCGCUUAUCGGAAAUCAGACAAAUGUCACGCCAAAAUUGAUGAUCUCCCUUUUGAACGGAAAAGGCUGUCUAUGUUAUCAAUGAACUUCAGAGACGAAUCUCUCUCAGAAGUUCAAUAUUAUUACUUUGGCUCAACAUAAUUAUUGAACUUGAUUUUUGACGACUUAGCUUAGUAUAUGUUACUAAACCUGGAAAUUUUCAACUCAGAAUCGAAGAAAGACUUUUUUUUCUCGCUGACAAAGUGAUACACUAGUCUUUCUGAAGAUUUAAUCAUUCGAAAACUCAUGAUUACCAUUUUAUAGAAGCCUGUCAACGACGACAUCGUGAAAAUCAUCAGACAACACGAUUUGUCGCCAGCAUCCAUUGCUGAAAUUCAGAUCCCGGUGCCAAAGGCUAUCGAAUGUGAUCCAGGUACCCGUCAUCCCACAAAUUUUUCUCAUAAAAAACAAAUUUCUAGCGUUCCGACCAGUCUCCGAGCAGCAAAUCAUCCAACAAAUCGUACAAGGAAAGAAGUACGAAGAAAUGGAAGUCGGCGAGUGCAUGAUCCAGCUGUGCAAGAAGCUCGCUGAGAAGCGUGUCUUCGGACCACGACUCAUGUCGCAGACUACCGUAGCCGGUCUCAACCAUUCCAACUACUCCAACCUGCCGAUCAAGGGCAUCUGCUACAUUCAACGUGAGUUUUGAAAGCAUGAGAAAAGCUGAGAAGGAAUAUUUUCUGAACAUAGCAACUCCAUCUGACUUGAAACGCCAUUGCUAUUCGAAAAUCUUAAAUUUCAUACUUUCAAAACACAAUUUAUUGUUUUUGACGCAAAAAAAUGGCGGAAAAGUUAUUCCUUUUCAUUAAGCGCAAGUCAGAUUGAGUCGGUCGCGCUAAAAAAAAAUACAUUAACAAGUAUUUUUGCAGAUGUUUGCCGCCAAGUGCUUGGAACCAAGAUCACAUCCGAAGAAGACUUCUGGGACAAGUUCCGCGAAGCAAUGCGAAAGUUGGCUGCUCGGUGUCGCCGCGUCAGACACGCCAAGAAGACCAAGAACAAGAACGAGGAAAACUUGUUGGCGACGAGCCAAGAGCUUGCCAAAUGCUUCGGAGAAGACGUCGCCGCCACCUCGGCCGCCAGUUUCAGCCACACGAUGCAGACUCUCGGACUCAACACCAACGGACUGAUUCCGCGCAAGGCUGACGCCGCCGAAGCCUUCAGCUCUGUGUUCAGCAGCGAGGCGAAGAACUUGUCUGUUGGGGACCUCAUCCUACUUCAGGCCAACCUUGCCGCAUCGGAUAAGGUAAGCUUGUUGGCUAGAACUGAUAUACGGUUGAAAGGCUCCAAAAGAAUAAAUUUGAAAAAAAAUUCCUCAAAAAUCCAAUUUUUAAAUUAAAGGAAGUGUGGAGAAGAAAAAAAGGAGGAGAAAAAAAUCCAGAAACUUGCGAAAUUUUUCAAACGACGCUUCUGGGGUUUCUCUUUGGAUAACCUAAAUAUUUUAAAGGCUUCGUCCUUCCCAGAUUUUUGAAAUGUUGAUGAAAUUAAAGUCAGAAACUUGAAAGACUUGUUUAAUUUGCGGUAGUUUCAAGGAGUUCAAACCAACUUUUUUCUAUCUCAUUGGAGCUUUUUUUCCAAAAUUCAAAGCUUCACAAAAAAAUCAUGACUAAACUGAAACGAUUUUCAGAUGCAGAAGCCGUUCAAAUCGCUGGACGAGUCCAACGCGAUGACGACGCUACUCAACAUGGCGAACAACUGCGCCCAACAAGCGGCGUUCAAGAUUGAAAGCGAGCCUCUAUCACCGUGA